AUGUAUCUCUACAUUCCAUAUCUAAGUCCGAUCUGGAUGUUUUCUGUAAGUAGUUCUAGCCGGCGGCUUAUGUUCAUUAUUGAUGCUGUUCAGAAAUAUUUCCGAAAAUGUCAUGUUCUACGAAAACUCUUCAUACGUCAUCUCUCUCUCUCUCUUCUCUCUAUCGAAUAUUCGCAAAAAUGCUGGGAUGUACUGUUGAUGUUGCUGUUAUUGCCGAAAAAACAGGGAGCGGCGGACGGUUUGCGGCGGCUUAUUCCGUCAGAAACCGAUUUUGGGACACAGACAGUUCCCGAGAAGAUGAGCAAAGUGAUGCCGUGCGAUUUUGAAUGCAAUCCUUCAACAUCUGGCAGCCGCAUCGGAGUGCUGGUUACGAUGGCAGCGAAGGUCUUUGGUAUUGUCUCGAAGCGAUUCGAUCGUCGUGUCUCUCUGCCAUCCUUCGAGCUGAGCGCGGAAGUCGGUGAGAAGAGUGGAAUUCCUAAUAUGCCCGUCUAUCAGCAGUCUUCCACACGAAGAUUAGCGUUUGGAUCAACCGCGUUCGAUUCCGCUUCAAAACCACAGAAGGAUUUCUACAACAAUAAUACCUUGAUUGUUCUCAAUGCAGAUUCAGUUGCUCCCGGUGGUUGUUUCCACUGGUUAGAAGCAGACGUGCUGUUGUUGGUGUCUGACCUUCAGGUGGUGGAUGUAGCGCUAGGAACAUGCGACAGUAGAGGAGUUGGUGAAGUUGGCGUCCUCGUCAACACGAGUAUGGCAAAAAAUAUCGAUUCUUUCGAACAACUUAUGACCCUAAUCGGACGUCUGCGGACGAGGAGAUGUGGUCCGACGUCAGCUUUGACAAUCUUCGCCGCUUACACUCGAACAUCAAGCUACGAAGAAGAAGAAGUCGAAACUUUCUAUAUGGAAAUGGAGAAGUUCUACCGAGAAGAUCAUGCCUUCUACAAAAUCACACAUGGUGAUUUCAACGCCAAAAUUGGCACAAGAAGAAGCCUGAGGGAGUUCCCAUCAGGACCCCAUCCUACAAUGGAAUGA